AUGUCUGCUCCUGGAUUAUAUCGUCCGUCGCUCUCACCUCAGAACCCCGAGCCGCCUGGGUAUGUUAAUGCUUCUCUGGAAUAUCCGGAUAGCGGCUAUCCACCACUACCUUCUGGACCUCCUCCUCGGAAUCCGGCCUACGUACUCAACUCCCGGCCCCUGCUGCCCCCCCCGAGACCUCCUGGCUAUGAAAUCACCACUCCAACUAGACCGCCCCUAGGAGUCGUGAGGCCGGCUUUUGCCAACCUCCCGCCAUACCCCUAUCAUUAUCCCGAGGCGCCUAGUCUAAAUCAAGGUUACGAUUACUCACGCGCACCAUCCUCAAAUCUUCACGGUCAGAAUGGUUUAGCAAGGAUCCUACUGCCUCUGCCUAACCCAUAUGGCCAACCUGCCCUACAACAGCUAGUUAGUACCUAUUUUACAGCCCCAUCACAUCCGCCGACCAUAACACAACAUCUGCCGACGCAUACAAUAGCUACGGGAACUCCUGAUAUUCGACCAUUAGAAAACAACCUGAGUUCUUCAGCGACAUCACAGCCCUUGAAUACACCGAUAUUAUCUUUAUCGCCUGACCAGCUCCCAUCGCCAUCUUCAGAGUAUUUAGAGGCUCAAUUCCAAUCUUUAUCUAUAGAAAAUCGGCCGCUGACUAACUUGUCGUCCGCUUCGCAUCAUGUUUCUCAGUCCUUACAAUCUUCUCCGGAAACUUACUCAACUAUUCCCAUAGCCACCUUCACAAAUAAACUUAAAGGCAAGCCUAUCGCACUGUCCGCAGAAGGCCUACCGGCACUUGCGCCACCUGCGGUAACUUCCUGUAUUGACGAUCCGGUGACGUUCGCAACAGACUGGUACUGGCAUCCUGACGCACCUAGGUUUUUGAUAUGUUCGCGCUGCUAUGUCGACUACAUCCAUGGAACUAGAUUUUGUGACCCUUUCCGAAGGGAGAGAUUCAGCGACGGCAAACCGCGGAUAUGCCGGUUCAGCAAGCUGAGAAUGCGAAAUCACCUACUUAAAGACGCUCUCGCAACGGGAUCAUUGGAGCUAGCGUUGGCUUGGAUGCACUCCCGGUCACAAAUCCCUGACUGCAAAGGGAUAGAGGGCGUUAAAGGAAAAGUCGGUAUCAAGUGGUACAUGGCGAGAUUAAACGAUAUACCAGGCUUUGUGUCUUGCGAAGACUGCUACGAAGACCGUAUCUUAACCAACCACUUUUUUGUCAACUUCGAGCCGACACAGUUACAGCCAGCAGAGGAUACCUGGAGCUGCGACAUAGCCGUGCCUUUCAUUGAGAAGGAGUAUGAGGCCAGGGGCAAGGUCAACGACUGGGCCGGCUUCGUAAGUGAGACGAAGGCGUCAAUGUCCAUAAAGCCUUGCCCACAACGUAACCCGGAGUCAACCUACGGUAGGAAGUGGCUCGUUCCUAAGCGUGGUCCUGAAGGGUUGGUGCUCUGCUCGGGAUGCUAUUACGACCGGGUGAUCCACACUGGUGAAGAGGCGUUAUGUGAGGUGGAUGAAAAACUUACAAAGGCAUACGAUAGUAAAGUCUGGUGCAGCAUGGGUGUAUUCUGGAGAUCUAUAUAUAAGCUCGCCAACGAGAAAUGUUGUGAUGACGACGGUAUCGAAGAUGGUAUCUGGUACACGCUGCCCCCUAACCCGCUUAACUUCGGCAUCUGUGCCAGAUGUUACAUGACCAUCGCGGAGUCCAUCGCGGACCUCUCGCAUCCUCGAUUUCGGCAGUUUAUGUCACGGCUCUUAGAGAUGUAUUAUACGCAUGAUCCGACCUCAUUCGACAAAUUUGCGUCAAACAAACACUGGUACGGAUGGAUUGACUGCACGAUUUGUCCCGAGUGCUAUCACGACUUCGCGCAGCAAAGCCCUCUGGCCGCGAAUAUGGAGCUCAACAACACGCUGUUAGAAACGAACACAGUGUGCGAAAUGUAUAACCCGCGUAUGCGCGACCUUUAUAUAAAAUGCAGCGAGGCGUCGCCUCCUGACGCCAGGGAGCUAUUCACAUGUUCGAUGGCGCUGAACCAGCAGCGGUUUCCUAACGUUGCGAGCUCGCACUACAACCAGGCCGGCAUGCUACAAGAUAUCAUUCACGGGCACAUGCACGCAUGUGGCGCUGCUAGAGUUGGCGCCGUGUAUGCUCAGCAAGCCACGCAAGCUGGUGCUAGUGCUGCAAGCGGUAGUGCGAUUCUAUUUGUCGGACAGCUAGAACAGCAGUGA